AUGCAAUUGGCCUCGCAAUGCCUCUGUCACUUGAAUAGAGCAGCAUGCCUCGGCCGGCGGCAAUCACAUCAAGGACUCGGCGCGAUUCGACAAACAGUCCCAGCGUUACUGAGAAAUUCACGCAGAAGCUUCUCUACCUCGAAACACUCGUUACGCGCUCCCAACCUUGACCCGCGCGCAUCUAGUCUUCCAAGAUGUAGCCCAACUUCACUGCACCCAGUCGUCGAUGCCCGCGACUUGAGCAGCACAACCACCAACACGGACAGUCCGCCGAAACCUUCAGAUAGUCUGCGUUUGGGAUCGAGACCAGGCAUUCUUAAACCUCGAACCACUCGAGGUCGUCUCAUACAACGAGAACCCGAUUCCGGCAUCAACAUCGAUCCAGAAGGAGGCAUCUGGCUUUCCGAUAAAUCCGAUAUUGAACUCGGCGGAAUACCGGAGAACGAAGAUGAUCCUUCACUCUGGCUCAGCGUACUUGUUGCCGCAAAGCAAAAACAGGGGAGAGGCGGCGUCCUUGCUGUUUGGGAGGCUGUGAAACGGCGCAGGUCAUGGAGGGACGUGACGAGCGAAGAAGCAAAAUCAUUAUGGGGCAUCAUUCUGGAAAACGUCCUCCACGACGAGGACAGGCUCAAGGACGUUGCGUUAUUCGCAGAGCGUCUCCUUCACGAUAACUCUGCCCAAUGGCCGUCGUUAUACCUGACCACAGUCUCGUACUGUCUCCGGAAGGGCCAGUACCGGCGAGCACUGCAGUGGCACAUGCGUCUGAUGCCGAACUUUGACCCCGGACAGGAAGCCUUCGGUGCCUUAUUACGAGAAUUCGCGGCUACCAGCGACCCCGACAUGCAACAGAUAUUACAAGCUCUGUAUCUGACAGCCAUACACCGUGGGUUAUACAAUGAGAUCAUCCCCCUCCUCUACGAACGCGGCCUUUCUCAACAAUGCGCCGGAUGGCGUCAUGCGUUCAUACACCACGACGAUCUACCCCCACCGAAUAUCGAGUCACAGCCGUAUUUGAGGUUUCUUGCCCGUUACUACCCAACCAUCACCCUUGAACUAGAGGAACAGGUCGUCAUUGGCUUGAACUCCAAGGCCUACUGGGACGCCCAGGACGACUCAUUGUGGGAUGCCAUUCAUGACACACAUGGCGAUGAGAGCGGGCCUCCGGGAAGACAGCACAGUGAUAAACUUGGAGCGCGGUGGUUUGCAAGUUCUUGGGUGCCUCUUGACUUUGCAAUUCAUGCUGUUCAUGCCCUCGGGGUACACCACAUCGGCCCUCUGUCACUCCAGUCGAUUGCCUUGCGCGAACCGACAGCCAAAGGGGUCUUGGCCCGGAUCGAACAGCUACGGGCAGUCAAUAUUGGCAUUGGACACUCAGCUUACGCGUGGGUGCUGAAACGAUUCGCCGAGAAUAACGAGGACGAGCUGCUCGCGGAAUUGUUGCAUACCGACAUACACCCAGACGUCUUCGACGACCCUGCGAUGCUUGCCAGCAUCCGUGACAAGGCCUUUGAUGAGGGAGACUGGAAGACACACCGGCUCUUGCUGUCCGUCCAGCCCGCAAUGGUGGAAGAUUCGGUCGACUCCACGUCGAACGUUUUGUUGCACCAUCUCGUCGACGAAGGGAGGUUCAAACAAGCUUUGGCUUUGCUGGAUGAAAUGCGAACGAUGGACAUCGGGGUCCACGUAUCAACGAUACAACACAUCUGCGCGAGUCUUCUCGAUCCCUUGCCGUGGAAUCCAAAAACGACGACAUCCAACCAGGAGGCGUUUUCCACGGCCAUCGCCUUCCUUACACGCCUGACGCUGUUGCAAAAGCCUCUACAUUCGCGCUACUGGCAGAAGGUACUCUUCGGACUCGGCAAAUUUGGCCGCUUCGACGUGUUGGAGGACAUCAGCCUUGGCAUAUUGGACACGCACCGGCAUCUUUGCAUCUCCAAUGCCGGACUGCUUCCGGUCCACCCGCUGGAUGCACCGCCUCUGUGUGUAGAGAGCUCGACUAGAAACGUUUUUAUCCCGACAGACUUGCCCAUAUCCCAUGAGCAGCACCCGAUGCGCCGAAUCUUUGAUAACCCUGCUCUACACGCCGCCAUUGUCCGUUGGGGAUUCAAGGCCAGCGGGUUGCGAUGCCUCGAUCCUGCGGGGGAUUUCCCCGCGAAUAAGGAGGCACCGGGCGGUGGGUUCUCCCUCGCUCGGGGCGUGCGAUUGCUCGCGGCACUGAAUGAUCGAGGCAUUCCGUUCCGAACGUCUGUUGUCCAGGAGGAGGUCGUCAAGUGCCUGGCUCGGACGUACCUAGCCCAAGCCAACGGCGCGCCUAGGGUGCAGGCGCGAUUGCCCCCGUUGAACAGCAUUCGGGAGCUUUUCAACAAGGCGGCUAGACGUAGGCUUUUGCCAGACGUUGCAGAAUUACAAGACCUUAUGAUGGAGGCACGGGGGAAGCAAAGGAGAGGACAAUGA